AUGGCUCUCCGCUUUCUCGUCAGUGCCGGCGUGCUCCUCCUGUCGCCUCUGCUGGCCGAGGCGUCCCGGUCCGCAAAGCGCGGCCUCAUCUUUAUCCCCAACUCGACGACGCUGCAGGACAACUCCAUCUGGGUGCAGACAAACUCGGACCUGACCUGGUACUACAACUACGGCAACCUCCCCAGCGCAGACUAUGUCUCGAUCCCGCAGUCCAAGUUCGAGUUCGUGCCGAUGAUGUGGGGGGUUGGGCCGAACCCUUCGCAGGACUUUGCCUUCCGCGACAGCGUGCUGGGCCUCAUCAACGGCGGCACGCCCAUCAGCCACGCCAUGAGCUUCAACGAGCCCGACGCGCCGGCCGCGUGGGGGGGCAGCGACGUGAUGCCGGCCAACGCGGCGCUGGCGUACAUUGCCAACUUUGUGCCUCUGCAGCAGAGGGGCGUCAAGAUUGGGCUGCCGGCGUGCACGGGGGCUCCGUCGGGGCUGGACUGGCUGCAUCAGUUCCUGGGCAACUGCACGCAGCAGCUUGGGAGGGACUGUCCGUAUGACUUUGUGUCGUUGCAUUGGUACGACAACUUUGAUGGGCUCAAGAGCCAUAUCAAUGAUUACGCUGUAGCAUUCCCCGGCAAGAAGCUGUGGGUGACCGAGUACGCAUACGCCAACCAGGACCUCCCGACGACGCAGCAGUUCUUCAACGCCAGCGCCGACUACAUGGACGGCCUCGCCAGCCUGGAGCGGUACAGCUACUUUGGGGCGUUCCGGUCCAACGUCUCCAAUGUCGGGCCCAACGCGACGUUUCUGAACAAUGCGGGCAGGUUGACGGACAUUGGCUCGCUGUAUCUCGGCUUCGGCCUGACGGGAGUGAUUCCCACGUCUGGGUAG